CACAAUGAAGUGUACGUUAAAAAGAGAGUUUGAAACUGAUGCAACAUUUUUCCUGUCAACCUCACGGUAUCACGACAACGGCGCGUGCAAACCGAUAAAAUUCUCCGCCAACAACCUGCAGUGCUGGCAGAGCUCGACUCCCCAUGCUGUAUAUCACCCGUCCCUCACCAAAUUCACACACAGCCAACAGUGACUGGAAAUCCUUUUUCCUCUGCCCUUUCACGUUCUCUGCGUGAGGACGUAGACGUUCCGGUUCCAUCAUUCACACAUCGAUACACGUAUAUAUGUUGUUCACGCCGCCUCGUUUGAUAUUUUUCUAGCGAACUAGUCGGGGUGAGUUCAUAGUAUUGAGCAUCUGCAAGUAGUUAUAUUUGUGUUUGAAAGUUGGCAAGAAUGUCCACACUUACAGUAGAUGUGCAACAAAAUGGUAGUGUUAAGAAUGUCGACUCAAGCAGUGUGCAUGAAUUGGACGAAUAUGACUUUUCAAGGCUGCCGGAUCGGCCCAGAAAUUUGAAUUUGGAGAGGCAGAGAUCGUUCGAUGAAAGAUCGCUUACUGAGUUGCCUUUGGGGUUCUCUCCUCAUCCACCGUCUAGAGCAGAUAACUUCUAUCGAGCUUUUGACGUUUUAGAUGGUUUCUUUUCACCUGGUAGAAGGUCAGGGCUCAGUACACCCAAGUCUUUAUUUGGUUAUGGGCCGAGCAAUGAGCCACAUCCCAUGGUAGCAGAGGCUUGGGAUAAUCUAAGGCGCUCGUUGGUGUAUUUUCGCGGCCAGCCUGUUGGGACGAUUGCUGCAUUAGACAACUCAGAAGAAAACCUCAACUACGAUCAGGUAUUUGUUAGGGAUUUUGUUCCAAGUGCACUGGCUUUUCUAAUGAAUGGGGAACCUGAAAUUGUGAAAAAUUUUAUCCUGAAGACCCUUCGUCUUCAAUCAUGGGAGAAAAGAAUUGAUCGGUUCCAACUGGGAGAAGGUGUUAUGCCAGCCAGUUUUAAAGUACUACAUGAUCCAACCAGGAAUACUGAGACGUUGAUAGCAGAUUUUGGUGAAAGUGCAAUUGGAAGAGUGGCUCCAGUUGAUUCUGGCUUUUGGUGGAUUAUACUUCUACGAGCAUACACAAAAUCUACUGGAGACACAUCUUUGGCUGAGAGGCCUGAAUGUCAGAAAGGAAUGCGCCUGAUACUCAGUUUAUGCCUCUCUGAAGGAUUUGAUACCUUUCCGACGCUUCUCUGCGCUGACGGAUGCAGUAUGAUUGAUCGUAGAAUGGGCGUUUAUGGAUACCCGAUUGAGAUACAAGCUCUCUUCUUCAUGGCUUUGAGAUGUGCCUUGCUUUUACUCAAGCAAGAUGGUCCUGGGAAGGAAUUUAUAGAACGUAUUAUCAAGCGCCUGCACGCCUUGAGCUAUCACAUGAGAAGUUACUUUUGGUUGGAUCUGAAGCAGCUUAAUGACAUAUAUCGAUAUAAAACUGAGGAGUAUUCCCACACUGCAGUCAACAAGUUCAAUGUCAUGCCGGAUUCUCUGCCAGAAUGGGUUUUUGAUUUUAUGCCGCUGCAUGGAGGCUACUUCAUCGGAAAUGUCGGCCCUUCAAAUAUGGAUUUCCGUUGGUUUUGCCUUGGCAAUUGCAUAGCCAUACUUUCUUCCCUAGCUACACAUGAACAGGCAAUGGCAAUCAUGGAUCUUAUUGAAUCACGUUGGGAGGAGUUGGUAGGGGAUAUGCCGCUCAAAGUUUCUUAUCCUGCUAUUGAGAGCCACGAGUGGCGGAUCAUAACAGGAUGUGAUCCCAAAAAUACUCGGUGGAGUUACCACAACGGUGGAUCAUGGCCAGUGCUCUUAUGGCUUCUUACAGCUGCGUGCAUCAAGACGGGACGCCCCCAGAUUGCUAGACGUGCCAUUGAACUUGCUGAAACCAGGUUGUCGAAAGACGGUUGGCCAGAGUAUUACGAUGGGAAGCUUGGGCGAUACAUUGGGAAGCAAGCUCGAAAACACCAAACGUGGUCGAUUGCAGGCUAUUUGGUCGCCAAAAUGAUGCUUGAAGACCCUUCUCAUUUGGGUAUGGUCGCGAUCGAGGAAGACAAGCAGAUGAAACCGGUCUUGAAGCGAUCAUCCUCGUUUUGAUUCCUAAUUUUAGUAAAUUUGUACCUAAACAAGAUUCCAAACUUGUAGCAUGUCUGGUUUGUACAGCCUUUGCAGUGUUGAUGUCAUUCUUUUGUUUACUCCAAUAAAUCUUUAGUUCGAAAUCUCUUUAGUAAAUAUAACGAACUUCUUAAUACUUUUGGAAUACAAAAUUUUGGGGUGGAUAUUGGGCGAGAUCCAUCCCAUUGGAUUUAUUGCUGACAUGAAUUCUGUUAGCUCAACCCCC